AUGGGCGACACAAUGCGCGCCGUAGACAUCAAGGAUGGCAAAGGACCCGUUGAAGCUCUCCAUAUCGCCAAUGUUCCCAAACCUAAGCUCGGCAAGUCGCAAGCGCUUGUCAAGAUCAAGGCCUUUGGUCUGAACCGAAUGGAUUUAUUACAGCGCGAGGGCAUGUACCCCGUACCGCCUGGUGCCUCUAAAAUCCUUGGUGUGGAAUUUUCUGGUACGAUUGCCGAAUUGAGUGAAGAAGGCGGCGGAAAGGAAGGCUUCAAGGAGGGCGACGAGGUUUUUGGAUUGGCGUACGGUGGUGCGUAUGCGGAGUACAUUGCCGUGUCGACGCAUAUGCUUGUGAGGAAGCCAAAGGAGUUGACGUGGGAGCAGUGCGCUGGUAUUCCUGAGACAUGGAUAACUGCCACACAAGCCAUGUACCUUGUUGGCGGCUUUGCUGCCGGCAAGACGAUCCUCUGGCACGCCGCCGCGUCUUCCGUCUCAAUCGCUGGCAUCCAGCUCUCCCGCGCCGACUCUGCUUCUGCCGUCUACGCGACCGCACGCCAAGACGCAAAGUGUGAAUUCGCUGUCAAGGAACUCGGUGCGAAUGGCGCCUUCAAUACCACAAGCCAGAAUUGGGUCGAGGAGGUCAUGAAGGCAACAGACAACAAGGGCGUAGACAUCAUUGUCGAUUUCGUCGGCGCAUCGUACUUCCAGCAAAAUCUCGACGCGAUCGCAAAGGACGGCGUUAUUGUGAAUCUUGGCUUCAUGGGCGGCACAAAAGUUCCAGAGGGAACAGACAUUAGCGCUUUCAUCCGGAAGAGAUGCACUUUUGUGGGAAGUAGUUUGAGGAGUCGCGACGAGGAGUACCAGGGCAAGUUGAGAGAUCAGCUUGUGGAGCAUGCGCUGCCGCGGUUCAAGGACGGCAGGUUCAAGCUGUUCGUUGAUAAAGUACUGCCGUGGGAGCAGAUACAGGAUGCGCAUCGCCUGUUGGAGGAGAACAAGACCAAGGGCAAGGUCAUUUGUACUAUCUCGUAG